GUUGAAGCCCGGCCUGGCGCGGCGGUGGCGGCAGCAGCCGUGGCGGCCUCUGCGCAUGCUCCGUCGCCCGCCCGCCCUGGCCGCUCGCCGCCCGCCCGCCCGACGGAGACGCAGCCACAAUUAUCUGACUUCAUGUGAAAGAUGGCUAAUGCAGAAGUGAGUGUCCCAGUUGGGGAUGUGGUUGUGGUACCCACUGAAGGAACUGAAGGGGAGAACCCUGAAGACACUAAAACCCAAGUGAUCUUACAGUUACAGCCUGUGCAACAAGGUUUGUUUAUCGAUGGACACUUUUACAACAGGAUUUAUGAAGCUGGGUCAGAGAAUAACACGGCAGUUGUAGCAGUAGAAACGCACACGAUACACAAAAUUGAAGAAGGAAUUGAUGCAAGCACUAUAGAAGCAAAUGAAGAUAUGGAAAUUGCUUACCCCAUAACUUGCGGGGAGAGCAAAGCCAUCCUCCUCUGGAAGAAGUUUGUAUGUCCAGGAAUAAAUGUGAAGUGUGUCAAGUUCAAUGAUCAGUUGAUCAGCCCCAAGCAUUUUGUUCAUCUGGCUGGCAAGUCUACUCUAAAGGACUGGAAGAGAGCUAUUCGUCUGGGGGGAAUCAUGCUGAGGAAAAUGAUGGACUCUGGACAAAUUGACUUUUACCAGCAUGACAAAGUUUGCUCCAAUACCUGCAGAAGCACCAAAUUUGAUCUUCUGAUCAGCAGUGCAAGAGCUCCAGUGCCAGGACAGCAGACAAGUGUGGUGCAGACACCCACUUCGGCCGAUGGUAGCAUCACACAGAUUGCCAUCUCAGAAGAGAGCAUGGAAGAAGCAGGCCUGGAGUGGAACUCGGCUCUCACUGCUGCUGUCACCAUGGCCACAGAGGAGGGUGUGAAGAAAGACUCGGAGGAAAUCUCAGAGGACACAUUGAUGUUUUGGAAAGGAAUAGCUGACGUAGGGCUGAUGGAAGAGGUUGUCUGCAAUAUACAGAAGGAAAUAGACGAGCUACUCAGGGGAGUUCAGCAGCGGCUUAUCCAGGCUCCCUUCCAGGUCACAGACGCUGCUGUUCUCAACAACGUAGCCCAUACGUUUGGCCUAAUGGACACAAUCAAGAAGGUUUUAGACAACAGAAGGAACCAAGUAGAGCAGGGAGAAGAGCAAUUUCUCUAUACUCUGACAGACUUGGAACGCCAGUUGGAAGAACAGAAGAAGCAAGCUCAGGAUCAUAGGCAGAAAUCCCAGAUGGUUCAAAAUGUGGUGCUGAUGCCUGUGAGCACUCCUAAACCUCCAAAAAGGCCCCGGCUCCAGCGGCCAGCCUCCACCACUGUCCUGAGCCCUUCUCCUCCUGUCCAGCAGCCUCAGUUCACAGUCAUCUCGCCCAUCACCAUCACCCCAGUGGGUCAGUCAUUUUCCAUGGGCAAUAUUCCAGUGGCUACCCUCAGCCAGGGCUCCAGUCCUGUGACUGUCCACACACUGCCUUCUGGCCCUCAGCUCUUCCGCUAUGCCACAGUGGUCUCCUCUGCCAAGAGCAGCUCACCAGACACAGUGACCAUCCAUCCUUCAUCCAGUUUGGCACUGUUGAGCUCUACUGCCAUGCAGGAUGGGAGUACCCUGGGCAACAUGGCCACCAUGGUUAGCCCUGUGGAGUUGGUGGCCAUGGAGUCUGGCCUGACCUCAGCAAUCCAGGCUGUUGAAAGCACCUCAGAGGAUGGGCAAACCAUCAUUGAAAUAGACCCAGCCCCAGACCCAGAGGCUGAAGAUACUGAGGGCAAAGCAGUCAUCUUGGAAACAGAGCUGAGGACUGAGGAGAAAGUCGUGGCUGAAAUGGAAGAACACCAGCAUCAAGUCCACAAUGUGGAGAUUGUGGUCUUAGAGGAUUAACUGGGGGUCUUUUGAGGCCAGGAGAUAUGUUUUGGUUUGGAAAUUUUAAUUAUUUGUUUAUUUUUAUCAUUGUCCCACUCAUUUCCACAUAGGAUCCUUUUUU